AGAUACCAGUAUCCGAGCUUUUGCGAUAUAACUGUGUUACUUUUUUUACUUUUUAGUGAUUAUAUAUAUACGUACGUAAUUUAGCCAAUUGUAAUUAAUUGUAUUGGUACAUUUUUUGUGACAAAAUAUCAUAUCAAUAAUACAAAAACAGAAUAUGAUUGACGAAGAAUUCCAAUACGAUGUAAAAGUGAUAAAUGCAUUUAAGAGUUAUGGAGAAACUAAAGUACUUAAUGGAUUGAAUAUGAAUGUGACAGAAGGUUCUAUAUAUGGCCUUUUGGGACCGAGUGGAUGUGGUAAAUCGACACUUCUUCAAUGUAUAAUGGGAUCAAUGGAAUUGGAUUCAGGAUGUAUUGCCUUGAAAGCAAUAAAUUUAAAAGAUGUGGGAUAUAUGCCUCAAAGUUUAUGUUUGGAAAGCACACUGACCAUAAGAGAACUAUUUGAAUACUAUGGAACACUUUACAACAUGAACAAGAAAGACAUCGAGAUAAAAAAAGAGGAGCUUAUUGCAUUCUUACAGUUACCAAAUUUAAAUAGUUUGAUAAAAGAUAUAAGUGGUGGCCAAAGUAGAAGAGUAUCUCUUGGUGUUUGCUUAUUGCAUAAUCCUAAGCUUAUUAUAUUGGAUGAACCUACGGUUGGAAUUGAUCCUUUACUAAGACAAGAAAUUUGGAAUGGGUUUUUAAAGAUGGUCGUAGAACAACAUAAGACAAUCAUAAUAACAACUCAUUAUAUUGAAGAAGCAAAUCUAGCUAAUCGUAUUGGUUUAAUGAGAAAUGGAGUACUGGUAGAAGAAGGAGCUCCUGAGCACAUUAUUUCCAAAUAUGGAGCAGAUUCGUUGGAAUCAGCUUUUUUAACCUUAUGUUCUAAUCAAGAUGUAAAUGAAGCACCAAUAGUAUAUUUUGAUAAACUACCUACAGAAGUUCAAAAAACGGAUAAGAUGCAGUCAACAAAAUUAAUGGAAGCUGGUAAAAAAGUUGAUUUUGUAAGAAUUAAAGCUUUGCUUAAAAAGAAUAUUCGUGCAUUAUAUCGUGAUUACUGGUUAUUGUUUACUUUGUGUCUUCUUCCCAUCAUACAAAACACCAUCUUUUGUAGUAGUAUUGGAGGAAGUUUUAAACGAAUGGAAGUAGCAAUACAAAAUGAUGAAAUUAAUAUAAAUGAUUGCAAAUAUUUUAACUCCAGUAAAUGCAUUUUUGAAAAUAAUUCAAGUCAAACAAUGAGUUGCGUUACUAUAAACUAUCUUGCGUCACUUGACUAUAAAUUAGUUGAAGUCAAAGAUCGUUAUACUGGUGAAAUGCUCGUGAACAAUAGCAAAUUUUUAGCAUUUAUACAUUUUCCAAAGAGCUAUACCCAAGACAUGAUCAUGUUUAUUGACCGUCGUAAAGAAUAUGGUAUGCAAUCGCUGGCGUACAUGUAUUUUGCCAAACAUAAUAUGUUGUUUAAAAAUCAAAUAGUGAUGGAUGUAACAAAUGCAAUCCAUUAUCUAAUGCAGACAACUUUAUAUAGUUGUUCCAAUAAUCCACAAAUAGCUACUUUGCCCAUGGAGUUCAACAUAUUAUAUGGAAAGGAUGUGAAAAAUCACGGUAACAGUACAGCGGCGAUUUUCAUAGCAAUGGGAGCGUAUUAUUUUAGUAGUAUUUAUUCAAUAAGCAUAAUGCUAUCAGAAAAAAUGGAUGGAAUCCUCGGUCGAUCUAUGUUUGCAGGCGUUACAAUAUUGGAAUUGCUUAUUUCAAUAUUUUGUAUGACAAAUGUUUUAAUUGUGGGCCAUUCAUUUAUUUCUAUUUUUAUUGUAUACGUAUUAUAUCCGAACCCUAUUAUCCUAUCCAGUGGUAUGUUCAUGUAUGUCAUACUGUUGAUAAUUAUGUCAUGGAUAGGAUUUCUCUUUGGUCUACUUACUGCUGGAUUAACACCAACUAAAUAUUUUGGUGUUCAUAUUAUGAAUGGCUGGGCUCUAUCUCAGAUGUUAUUAUCGGGUGGGGUAUGGCCAAUUGAUGGACAGGCAAAGUUAUUGAGGUCGGUAUCUGAGUUACUUCCUAUGCGGUUAGCCGGGAAAACAAUGAACGACAUAGUAUUGAAAGGUUGGACGUUGUAUCAUCCAUCGGUCAUAAUUGGUACCACAGCGACGUUUGCCCAUGUUGUAUUAUUAUUAUUAGUUUUAAUUGGUCUAAGUAAAGUAAAAAAGGACAUGUGGGUUAUACAUAAGUAAGAGCUUUGGACUCAAUCAAAUAUUUAUUGUAUUUGUUAUUGAGAUAUUCAUGGCAAUUGGCUGAUGACUGAAAAUGGUUACCUACUGAGAAAUACUAUAAGGUCGUAAAAUAUAAUAAAUUAUUCAUGUUUAAUUAUUUUAAAAACGUAUGGUACAUAUUAUUAUAUUAAUUUGUAAAGAUAGGUUUUUAUAAAAUACAUGAGAAGAUAAUAUUUGGUUCGUGUGAUUUAAUUAGCUGUUCAGAUAAUAAAUCGGUAUUUAAAGUU